AUGAUUCAUGAGUUCAACCUGGCACUACUGGCGAAACAAUUAUGGAGGCUAACACAAAACCCGGAUUCGCUUGUCGCUCGUGUCUUAAGAGGAAGAUAUUACAGACUAAGCUCGCCCUUAAGAGUAAAUCCUAUAAGCAGUCCUUCUUAUGUUUGGACUAAUAUCUCCGCUGCGAAGGAGCUUUUGUUACUGGGGAUAAGGCAGAAAAUACACUCUGGUUAUGAGGUUAAGGUGUGGGAGGAUCCCUGGAUUCCAUUGAAUCCUGCUAGGCCAGCUAUACCUAUAGCGCCAGUUAUGCAUCCAAAUAUGAGAGUAAGUGAUCUUAUUAAUCAGGAGUUGAAGGAAUGGGAUGUUAAUUUACUGGAACAAUAUGUCAGCCCUGUUGACAUACCCCUCAUAAGGAGUUUAGCCAUAAGCACAACUCAUAAACCUGACACGUUUUGUUGGAACUUCACAAGACAUGGACAAUACACGGUCAAUUCUGGAUAUUGGGUUGCUCAAAACUUAAUGAAGGAUGCAGACGAAAAGCAAAUGUUAGAGCCAAGUAUUACAAAGCUCCAAGCCUUUGCUUGGAAGAUAAAGGCGCCAAAGAAAAUUUGUCAUCUUAUAUGGCAAUUGUUAACUGGUCAUGUGGCAGUAACGAGAAAUCUAGUAAGGCGAAAUAUGAGAUGUGACCAUUAUUGCCCGAGAUGCGGAGAACCAGAGGAGUCAGUGACACAUGCUAUAUUCGAGUGUCUACCUGCACUACAAGUUUGGUUACAUUCAUCGACUCCAACUAAUCCUGGUGUUUUUCCAGCUUCAAGUAUCUACACAAAUAUGAACUACCUCUUCUGGGAAAAAGAUGGUUCACUUGAACCAGAGCUAGACAUGGAUCCUUAUCCUUGGCUAAUUUGGUACAUUUGGAAGGCUCGAAAUGACAAACUCUUUAGGGGAAUAGAGAGAGAUCCUCUGGAACUAGUUCGAUAUGCUGAGAGUGAGUGUCAAGCUUGGUUUAAUGCAGACGAGACGAUACCACCAGUAGUACAAGAGGGGACUUGGAGGGAAGACGCAACUUAUGGGAUCACACAACUUACCCAGAAGAGAAUCAGCUCUGCACUCAGAGGUGGAAGCACUGCGAUGGGCGAUGGAGAACAUGCUUCAGCAUUCGACAUGCCAGAACUUCGGAACAGACUGCAAGGAAUUGAUUGCUAUGAUUAA